GCGCGAGCGUUGAGCGAUACGUACGACCACGCCCCCACGUCGCGACGAUCGAUUCUGUGCCAAACCCCCAACGCAAAAGAUGCAUGCCACACCUCAUUAACUCCACUUGGAAGCCCUCAGCUAGCUACCUCAGUCAGCUACGUACGCACGCACGCACGCACGCGCCCACCUGCCCCGCCCAUCUCCUGCUCCACUGUCGUAGAAGCUGCUCUCGCUCGGCCGGCGACCGAUCGAUGGCGGCCGCGGCGGCGCUGGGAGCGGAGCUGCUGGAGGAGGCGCGGGCGCCGGGGUUCGCGGCGUGGGUGCGGGGGCUGCGGCGGCAGAUCCACCAGCACCCGGAGCUGGCCUUCCAGGAGCACCGCACCUCCGCGCUCGUGCGCGCCGAGCUGGACGCCCUCGGCGUCCCCUACGCCUGGCCCGUCGCGCGCACCGGCGUGGUCGCCACCAUCGCCGGCGGUGUCCCGGGCCCCGUGUUCGCGCUCCGGGCCGACAUGGACGCGCUCCCCAUCCAGGAGAUGGUGGAGUGGGAGUUCAAGAGCAAGGAGGACGGCAAGAUGCACGCCUGCGGCCACGACGCGCACACCGCCAUGCUCCUCGGCGCCGCCAAGCUGCUACAGUCUCGGAAGGACAGCCUCGCGGGCACGGUGAAGCUCGUGUUCCAGCCGGCGGAGGAGAGCCACGCCGGCGGGUACCACGUGCUUCAAUCCGGCGUCCUCGACGACGUGGCCGCCAUCUUCGCCGUGCACGUCGACACGAACCUGCCCGCCGGCGCGGUUGGUUCCAGGCCGGGGCCGUUCCUCGCCGGGUCUGCCCGCUUCAAGGCUAUCAUAACCGGGAAGGGCGGCCACGGCGCCAUGCCGCACGCCGCCGUCGACCCAGUGGUUGCCGCCUGCUCCGCCGUGCUCAGCCUGCAGCAGCUCGUCGCCCGCGAGACCAACCCGCUCCAAGGCGCGGUGGUGUCGGUGACCACCAUCAGGGGCGGCGAGGCGUUCAACGUCAUCCCGGAGUCCGUGACGCUGGGCGGAACCUUGAGGAGCAUGACGACGCAGGGGAUGGGAUACCUGAUGACAAGGAUCAGGGAGGUGGUGGAGGGGCAGGCGGCGGUGGGGCGGUGCGCGGCGACGGUGGACUUCAUGGAGGGGGAGCUCCGGCCGUACCCGGCCACGGUGAACGACGAGGGCGUGUACGCGCACGCCAGGGCCGUGGCGGAGGGCAUGCUGGGCCCGGCGAACGUGAGGCUGUCCCCGCAGAUCAUGGCCGCCGAGGACUUCGGGUUCUACGCCGAGAAGAUCCCCGCCGCCUUCUUCGGCCUCGGCGUCCGCGCCGGCGGCGAGGAGGACGAGGUGCACCACGUGCACACGCCGCGUCUGGUGAUCGACGAGGAGGCGCUCCCCGUUGGAGCCGCCCUGCACGCCGGUGUGGCCAUCGAGUUCUUGAACAAGCACGCGCGUGCUUGUGCUACGGCGUCGCCUCCCGCGGCCGCGUAGGUGCUCUGCAUUCGCCUCUGUUUCUGUUGUUCAGAGGUAGAAGAAGUGUUCGGAAUUCGGGCUGCAGAUUGGAAGGUUUGCCCUUGCAACAAAUCUAGAUGAACACAAUUUUUGCUAGGGAUGUAGAUGAAUAUUUUACCUUAAAAAUCUACUUGACCACUGAACAUGGUCAGCCCAAUGAGAGGGAUUUUUUCUA